AUGGGGAGUUUGGGUAGAGCAGUUUACACAUUGGGAUUUUGGAUUCGAGAGACGGGUCAAGCAAUGGAUCGUCUUGGCUGUCGCCUCCAAGGAAAUUAUUACUUCCAAGAACAACUGUCUAGGCAUCGAACUCUAAUGAACAUAUUCAACAAAGCUCCGGUUGUUGAUAAGGAUGCUUUUAUUGCCCCAAGUGCCUCAAUCGUUGGGGAUGUUCAAGUGGGACGAGGAUCAUCCAUUUGGUAUGGCUGUGUUGUGAGAGGGGAUGUCAAUAGCAUCAGUAUUGGGUCUGGAACUAAUAUUCAAGAUAAUUCCCUUGUGCAUGUAGCAAAAUCCAAUCUAAGUGGGAAGGUGCUUCCAACCAUCAUUGGAGAUAAUGUCACCGUUGGUCAUAGUGCUGUUGUGCAUGGCUGCACCGUCGAGGAUGAGGCUUUUGUUGGAGCCCUCGUGAGACAGAAUACGCGGGUCCCUUGUGGAGAGGUUUGGGGAGGUAAUCCGGCCAAGUUCCUCAGGAAACUUACGGACGAAGAGAUAGCUUUCAUCUCCCAGUCAGCCACCAAUUAUAUAAACCUUGCAAAGGUCCAUGCUGCUGAAAAUGCAAAACCCUUUGAUGAGAUCGAGUUUGAAAAGAUGCUGCGAAAAAAGUUUGCCCGUCGUGACGAGGAGUAUGAUUCAAUGAUUGGUGUCGUCCGCGAAACUCCGCCUGAACUUAUUCUUCCGGAUAAUAUCCUACCAGCUAAAGCUCCGAAGGCUUCUCAGUGA